CCAAUCUACAUGCACAGCCAUGCAAAGCAACAAUCCAACACCACAAGACCUACUCGCUGCCGCAGGCUUGCACGAUCUCGUUCUUUUGCCAGACUCCGAUGCCUAUCAAGACCGUCAAGCGUCCUAUUGGGCAGCUAACGCACCCAUGCGACCUGCCUGCAUCGUUCAGCCGUGCACAACAGAUGAAGUAUCCCGCAUUGUCAAAGUGCUCGCCAAAGCCAAUUAUCCUGUUGCUCUGCGCAGUGGUGGUCAUACCCAAUGGGCGGGUUCAAACGAUGUUAAAAAUGGUGUCACCAUCGAUUUAGGACGAAUGACGGUCGUCACUUACGAUGGUAAUUCCAAGUUGGCCUCAAUCCAACCCGGAGUGCGAUGGAUAGGUGUGUACGAAGAGCUCCUGAAGCACCAAGUCUGUGUCACUGGCGGUCGGGAAGGCAAUGUGGGUGUUGGAGGAUUCCUUACUGGCGGUGGGAUAUCCUGGUAUGCCGCUCUGGAGGGUCUGGGCUGCGACAACGUCGCCAACUUCGAAGUCGUUCUUGCAACUGGGGAGGUUGUCAACGCAAAUGCUAGUUCACAUCCGGAUCUUUGGAUUGCUUUGAAGGGCGGCUCGGGAAAUUUCUGUAUCGUAACUCGGUUUGACAUGUUCACGUUCCCAGCCCAUGACCUCUUGUAUGGGGUUCGAGUUGUCGACAGGACCCAUGGAGAUGAAUGUGCGCAAUUUGCCGUCGCCUUCACAGACGAAAACUACAGACACCCGCACACAGCUUUUCUACUCAACUACGGCUUCAAUUCUGCCAUGGCGCCGGAACCUCUCGUCACGAAUGUCGUUGUAGAUACCAGGGGUAUCAGUCAUUCUUCUGCAUUCGAGGGAAUCUUGGGCAUAGAAGCUGUUCUGGUGGAUGUGAAGAAGAAAAGUAUGGCGGACAUCGCUGCUGCUAACAACUCCCCUCAUCACAAACACCAAGUCUGGUUCACCCUCACACUUAAGAACGACGUCAGAACCAUCAAGCAUGCUAGCAAGAUGCACGACGGUCUGGUGGAAGAACUCAAGAGCCGUAUGCCUCACACCGAGUUUUCAACGCAGUGUAUCUUCCAGCCUUGGCCAUCUCUCUACGCUGAGCAUUCUGUGCAGCACGUAGGUAACGUUUUGGGGCUAGAUCAGACCAAAGGAAAUGCGCUGUUGUGGCUAGCUGUUGGCUCGACAGAGACGGCAGAGCAACACGCAAUCAUGCGAGAGAAACUGACAGUCUUUUCGGCUACUCUGGAAGAUUUUGCUAAAUCGAACAAUCUCAAUGUGGGCUGGCGGUACCUCAAUUAUGCUGAUGAGACGCAGAACCCGCUCGCGAGUUACGGAACAAGCAAGGUUGACUUUAUGCGCAAGGUUGCAGCAGAGUAUGACCCCGAGGGCGUGUUCCAGAGGAAAGUUGUCUCAGGUUGGAAAAUUUGCAAUAUUGAUGCCUGAUCGACAUAAGGUAGCAGGCGAGGAGCAUUCAGAUUGGCUGAAUUCGGAGAUAUACAUGCAAACAAUCUUUUCUGAGAUAAAUGAGUAUUGUUACUUGCAAGAAUGUGCAGAUCAUUCCGACUGUAGGUCAGAGACAUGGGAACAUAGCCCAGCAGGC